UAAGAGUGUCCAUGCCUUAAAUCUAAGUGGCUUGGGCAAAAGCCCUCCUCUGUACUACUCAUAGUCAAGUGUGACCAGAAGAUGUUGAGCAGGAAGUAUCACUUCACUGGGAGAUUUUCUCAUGUUCUUGCCACUGGGGGUGUUGAGUUGGCUCGUAAACGCGUCCCUCCAGCAACCAUGGCGAGCCCGGCUGGCCUGACUCAUGGGCUGCACGUCCUGGGCUGCAGAUCCGGGAGCCUCUCUUAACUCUUCACCAAGCUUCUCCGUGAGCGCCUCUGGUGGGAGCCCGGCAGGAAGUGUGACCUCAUUCUGCUUCUCUGCCUCUGGUUUCGCAGGCUGAUUUUGAAAGAAAACAAGAGGGUGGGAAGGCUGACUCUCCCCAGAACUACGCACUUGAGUCUCUGUUCUAAGAAACCUUCCAAAGGACAGGGGCCGGGCUGCAGAAGACAACUUCUCUGCAAAUGCCUGCACACGGUGAUCUGGGUAGAAGGGAGGAAGGGGUUCCCUUUAUCGCGGGGUUCUGCACCUGUUGACUUUGUGACAUCCAGUUUUCGACUGAAGAUCGGCUCAGUCCUCGGUUUCUCCGCUGCCGACCACAGGAAGCUGCACACUUCAAAUCUGUAAAUGUGUGCUUUGAUUCAGAAAUCUUCCAAGGAAUGCCAGCAAGUUCUUCUGACAUCUUGAAAGGUCUUUAUAAAAAAUCUGUGAAGUUUGAACAAACGGCCUUCCAAAGAUGCACCGAGUAACUCAUCUGAUGUCAACGCCAGCAGCAAGUAAAUGUGCUUCGAAGUCAGAGACAGGGUUUGCUGGAGAGCUGUCUCCUACGUGCAUUCCCCCCAGUCUUUCCUGUGAUUUCCUGGAUGGUGAGAGUUCCUUUAAAUGCUGCUCCACAGACCCCCUGACGGGCUCCUACUACACCUGUCGCCGAAGUCCCAGGCUCCUCACCAAUGGCUACUACAUUUGGACAGAAGACAGUUUCCACAGUGACAAAGAUGGCAACAUAACUCUGAACCCAUCCCAGACCAGUGUUAUGUACAAGGAGAACUUGGUUAGAAUAUUUAGAAAGAAAAGGAAGUUCUGUCGCUCCCUUUCUUCUCUCUUCGACCUCAAUGCCUCUGAAUCCUGGCUACAAGCAAGUAUCUUUGAUGCUGACUCUUCCCUAAGGAAAGACAAGUGGUUGGAAGGAGUCAGGAGGCUGGACACGUACCGUUGCAGUCAAAAUGGCGAUGAUUUUGACUUUUCUUUGGCUGAUGACUUGGAACCAGAAAAACUAAAUGCAGAGUCUGCAAAAGGCUGCUCCUCUGGCCACACCGGAUCUCAGCCUGCCAGAGAAAACUCCCAGGACAGGACUCUGCAGUGCCGAUCAACAGCAUCGGGGUAUUUCCAAGACAGAACGUUGGACCAUUCAAAACCCAGCUCAUUGCGAGAGGUCUCCUUUCAGGCUAUUCUGUUUGCUGCAUGCUUAAUCAUUUAUGCCUGCACAAGAUGCUUCAUGGGAGACAUAUUAACCAGUGUCUUCACGUGUUCAGCGAUGAUAACUGUAGCUUGUAUUAUCAAAUCAUUGCUGCUCAGCCUCGCUGGCCAUUUCAAAGCCACUGCCUGUGCUCGGUUUGCCAAAAUUUGACAACCAUUUAGGAAUGCCUCUGAUGAAUGUCUCCAAUCUGAAUAUCCGGAAAUUGUCCGGCUUGCAAUCUACUUGGAAUCAAACGCUUUAUUGGAAAGGAAGGAGCAACUGGAUAAUUGAGAAAAAAACACUGUAAUUUGGCUAUGUGAUUAAAAAAAUCUCAGUUUCCCCUCGUAAUUGCAAUAUGUUCAUGAAGAUUAUAUUAAUUUGCCUUUCCUUUGCAAGCACUGACAGUCUGAAGGGGAAAGGACUGUGAAAAUGCGACGAAGAACAGACUAACUGGAGGGAAAGUUCCCCUUUCACUCCCCAAGACAGUGGUUCACAAACGUUAGUCUUCAUUAGAGAAUUCUGUGAGGAGCUUGUAGCCAUGCAGGGUCCUGGACCAGGUGGCAUGCACCUAUCCCUUGCUGAACUGCUUUAACAGAACAAUAAAAUAACUGUGUAUUAUCAAUAACAUUUGAGAUAAAUAGUAUUCUUUGCACAUUCAACAUAAUGUUGCAAGCAUUCAUCAUUCACCCCAAACGAUGAAGCUCAAUAUUUGGGGGUGACAAUAGGUAUCCUGGGUUGGAUAUGUUUUGCUCCCUAUGUGUUCAUGCAUUUGGAACUUGGUCCUUAGUGUGACAAUGGUAACCUUUAAGAGGUGACAUCCAGUGGGAGGUGCUUAGAGGCCAGAGGGCCCUGGCUCAGGAGGGAUUAAUGUAGUUCUCAAGGAACCCCAAUUCGUCCCCUGUCUCACCGUGUGGUCUUUCCUCCUUGCACGCCCUCUUGCCAUUUUGAUUCUGUCCACCAAGAGAUCCUCACCAGAGCUAAGCAGAUGCUGGUGCCCUGCCCCUGAACUCCCAUAAACAUGAACUAAAUAAACUUGUUUUCUCAUUAA